AUGGCGGCAAAAAAGUUAUCCCCAGUCACAUUAGCAGAUUUAGUUAAACGUGUUCCCAAAGAUCAAAUGAAGCAAUUUGAAAAAUUUCGAGAUAAUACCAUAGAAUAUCAUAGACGUGUAAACAAAUACCCCGAUAAAUUACCACGAAUUGAUUGGGAAUAUUAUCGCAAUAAUGUUCGCAAAGACUAUGCAAAAAUGGUAGUUGAAUUUCAAUGUGAAUAUGAAGAACUCGCUCGGACAUUUAGUGCCCGUCAUGAAAUAAAUGAUUUCGCCAAAUACUAUGAAGAAUUGGAUAAGAUGACGGAACAAGUUAAGAAAGAAAUUGCGGCAUUUGUAAAAUCUUCAAAUGAACGUAUAAAACAAUAUGAAUCUGAAAUGAAACGUAUACAGAAUUUGACGCCAUAUAACGAAAUGACAAUGGAGCAAUUUGUUGUCGAUCGUGAAGAUUUAGCGGAGUUUAUACCACGUCAGG